AUGGUCAGGCGGAGAAGGGCGACAUGCGCCGUGGUCGGGAUGCUAGCGUCCACGUCUGUGGUGGCAACUGGACCGCCGUCGGCAUGGACUGGGUAUCCACAGCAACCGCGAGGAGCCCCGCCACAAGAGAGCGACGGAGCACGGGACGCGUCAGCGGCGGCAGCGAGAGGUUGGGCCCGAAGCCAAUCCUCCCGGUUACGAGAGGGGGCUCCGCGGAUGGAGGCCGAGGAGGAGUCCGCCCCCUCCUCGCAGCCACGGAACAGCGCUAGCAGCAGCGGCGGCGUUGGAGUUGUUAAUAAUAGCGGCGGAGGUGGCGGUGUUGAUGUCGCGCCGAGAAGGAUGGAUGAACAAGGGGCCGGCGGCGGCGGGGCAAUAGCAGCAGAGGAGGAUAGAAACAGCAGUGACCGAGGCGGGGGGAAGGAGGAGAGGGACGAAGACGGGCGGUUACAGCAGUCGCCGUCUUCGGAAGAGGAGGCGUUUUUGUUGGAGGAGGGAGAGAGGGGGGGGGCGCCGUCGAUGCACGUGGUGAAGCGGGACGGUCGCCGCGAGCCCGUCAUGUUCGACAAGAUUACGGCCCGCAUCCGGCGGCUGUGCUGGGGGCUUGACGAGCGGUAUAUCGACCCGGUCCUCGUGGCGCAGAAGGUGGUGCAGGGCAUCUACAGCGGCGUGACGACGUGGGAGCUCGACACCCUCGCCGCCGAGACCUGCGCCUACAUGAACACGGAGCACCCGCACUACGCCCGGCUGGCGGCGAGGAUCUCGGUAUCAAACCUGCAGCGCGCGACGAGCCCGUCCUUCGCCGAUACGGUGGAGGAGCUGCACGCCUAUGUGGACCCGAAGACGGGCCGACAGGCGGGGUACAUCAGCGACGAGGUACACGAAAUCGUGAUGAAGAAUCGCGAUUUGAUCGACGCAGAGGUGAAGCACGAGAGAGACUUUUCUUUGGACUUUUUUGGCUUUAAGACCCUGGAGCGAGCCUACCUGCUCAAGCUCGGGGACAAGGUCAUGGAGCGGCCGCAGUACAUGUUCAUGCGAAUCGCUAUCGGCAUCCACGGCGAGGACCUCGAGGCGGCGUUCGAGACGUACCACCUCAUGUCGGAGAAGUGGUUCAUCCACGCCUCGCCCACCCUGUUCCACGCCGGCACGUGCCAGCCGCAGCUGUCGAGCUGCUUCUUGCUCACCACGAAGGAGGACAGCAUCGCCGGGAUAUACGACACUCUCAAGCAGUGGCACAGUGUUGGUGCUGGUGCUGGUUUUGUGUUGGCGGUGGUGGUGUCAAGUAGUGUUUGUGUUGGCUCUAUUAGCGUCCGUGCCAAUCUCCCCACUUUCCUCUGCAGCCCACGCCUCAAAAUAGAUCCCGUGUCGUGUCCCUGUUCUCACCAACCAAUGUUCCCACUUCCUCUCUGCACCCAACCCCUCAAAAGGGAUCUGUUCUACGGCCUCUGGAUACCAGACUUGUUCAUGGAAAGGGUGGAGCAAGACGGGGAGUGGAGCCUCAUGUGCCCGUCCCAGUGUCCGGGGCUAUCGGAGUGCUGGGGGAAGGAGUUCGAGGAGCUCUACACCAAGUACGAAAGGGAGGGAAAGUACAUGCGAAAAGUGCGGGCGCAGGACUUGUGGUUCGCCAUUUUGGACGCCCAGACGGAGACCGGAAACCCCUACAUGAUGUACAAGGAUGCCUGCAACCGCAAGAGCAACCACAAGCACCUGGGGACCAUCCAGUCCUCCAACCUGUGCACGGAGAUCGUGGAGUACACGGACCCCGGCGAGGUGGCGGUCUGCAACCUCGGCAGCGUGGUACUGCCCAAGUUCGUCUCUGAGGACGGGAAGUCGUUCGAUCACCAGCGGCUCUUCGAGGUCACAAAGGUUUUCGUCCGGAACCUCAACAAGAUCAUCGACGUCAACUGGUACCCGGUAGAAGAGGCUCAGCACAGCAACGCCAGGCACCGCCCCAUGGGGAUCGGGGUGCAGGGGCUGGCGGACGCCUUCAUCAAGAUGCGUAUGCCGUUUGAGAGCGAGGGAGCGAGGGCCCUAAACCGCGACAUCUUCGAGACGAUGUAUUUCGCCGCUAUGACGGCGUCGUGCGAGCUUGCAGAGAAGGAAGGGCCGUACGAAACGUUCGAGGGCAGCCCGGUCUCCAAGGGAAUUUUCCAGUUCGACAUGUGGGGAGAGACCCCAUCCGACAGGUGGGACUGGGCUAGCUUGCGGACACGCGUGGCUAAGCACGGCGUGAGGAAUUCGCUGCUCCUCGCACCGAUGCCCACGGCAUCGACGGCACAGAUCCUAGGGUUCAACGAGUGCAUCGAGCCGUACACGAGCAACCUCUACGCGCGCCGGGUGAAGGCCGGCGAGUUUAUCGUGGUCAACCCGCACCUCUUCACCGACCUGAUGGAGAUGGGUCUAUGGAGCCCCUCCGUGAGGAAUCAGUUGAUGGCGAGCGGGGGCAGCAUCGCCUCUAUCGCGGGGUGA